UGGAUCGACCUCGUUAUCAAGCUUCAACUACUACCUCUGAGGUGUUUCCCUGAACCCUGUGGACAUGUUACGUGAAGAGGGGUGUCUGGACGAACGUUAUAAUUUUUAAUUUGAAAGGGCUCUUAGAAUAGGAAGACUGUAAUUUGAUCCAAGCGGUAUAUCUCUGCAAAUUUAUCAGAGAAAGAGAGAGAGUUCUGUGAUUUUCUUAUGGCUGUUGCCCAGAGCAACAACAUCAAUACAACAAAGGCACAACCUUUCAGCUGUUACAAAGUUGCGAGCCUGUCUCAGACUAUCUUAGAUUCAAGCCAGACCUUGAGAUUAGAAGAUCAAUAUGUUUUGGGGGAGCAAUUGGGUUGGGGGCAGUUUGGUGUCAUCCGUGUGUGCUCAGAUAAAUUCACUGGAGAGGUGUUUGCGUGCAAAUCCAUUGCUAAGGAAAGACUGGUCACACUGGAUGAUGUCUGCAGUGUCAAGUUUGAGAUUGAAAUAAUGACUAGGCUAUCUGGGCAUCCAAAUGUUGUGGAUCUUAAGGCAGUUUAUGAGGAGGAGGAUUAUGUGCAUUUGGUGAUGGAGCUUUGUGCUGGUGGGGAGCUGUUUCACCGGUUGGAGAAGCAUGGGAGAUUCUCUGAGUCUGAGGCUUGUGUUCUUUUCAGUCAUCUUAUGCAAGUGGUUAUUUAUUGUCAUGACAUGGGUGUUGUCCAUAGAGAUUUGAAGCCAGAAAACAUUCUGUUAGCCACAAAGGCCUCAUCGUCACCAAUUAAAUUGGCAGAUUUUGGUCUUGCAACCUAUAUCAAACCAGGCCAGAGUUUGUAUGGGACGGUUGGGAGUCCUUUUUAUAUAGCACCAGAAGUGCUGACUGGGGGCUACAACCAGGCAGCUGAUGUUUGGAGUGCUGGGGUUAUUCUUUACAUCCUCCUUAGUGGGAUGCCACCUUUUUGGGGAAAGACCAAAUCAAAGAUCUUUGAUGCUGUUAGGGCAGCUGAUUUACGGUUCCCAUCAGAUCCUUGGGAUCGCAUAUCUGCAUCUGCGAAGGACUUGAUCAGUGGAAUGCUCUGUACAGAUCCCGCUAAAAGGCUCACUGCAGCUCAGGUUCUUGAUCAUGGCUGGAUAAAAGAUUGUAGGCAUGUGGCUGAAGGACCAUAUGAAAGUGAUGGCCUUAGUUGUAGGCAAUUGGACUUGGGUGGCAGCUCAUUCUCUACUCCAUUUGUCGCAAGGAAUCAAGAUGUCAGCUUUAGCUCUGCUUCACCUCUGCCUGGAGAUGCCCAAAUAGGCAAUUCACCAGCAUUCACAUGCAGAUCAUCGUUCUCUUCUUUCUUGCUUGAUCCCGCCACACCCUGCACUGCAAUUGGUGGUUUUUCUUUCCAGAGCUGUUGUGCAUCGACUGUCAUGGAAUUCUCUUCCCCUGUUCAGUCCAUGCCAAGCUUUGAUUUUCUUAGCCCAAGCCCGGCAGUAGAACAAAGGAAUAACUCUGUGUGUUUCACAGCCAAUGUUUCCGGAAUUGAUGCAAUUCAGAGAGCAGAGGCAAACUUGGGGAAGCUCAUCAUCUUGGAUUCUUCUACGUCAUUGGGGCAUGAGGUGGGAGAGAAGGAUCACAAGGCUGUUGAGGUUCGAAGGGGAGUAGGGACACCUGCCUCUAGGGUGUUGGGCAUCCACAGUAAGAGGAACCACACGAUUGGCCUUGGGGAAUUUGAACAGCUUGAUCUUAUGGUGACUGAGUCAGUUAUCCGCUGGGCAUCAUGCACACAUCUUCCAAGUGCACCAUCUCUUACGUCCUCUCUUGUUUGUUGAUCUGUGAGUGAUGGGAUGGUAAAAGAGAAAAAGGGGGUGGGAGGAGGGGGGGUUGAGUUUAAGGGGCUAGGUGCAGAGAUAUGACCCAUUUCACGCUUGAUCUAACAUGUUGUAUUGUAGAGGAGUUGGAGAAGCUGAACUCUGGCACAAGUUCGAGUUUCAGCGAGGCUUGGUUGUGGUUGUAUGAUGAGUUAUUCUGCUUUUCUGAUGUGAAUAGAUAUUGUUAGCUGUUGCUGCCCGCCCUCUGAAACAGCAUGUCUUCGGCACUAACAGGGGUGUGCCACGUGUACCAAUUUAAAGGGUCUUGAGAGUUCCAAGUUCAAACAGUUUAAUAUGUAGAAGAUUUUCUGGUGAUCUCUCAAAAAAAAAAAAACUCUUUAUGUCCAUCCCCUUUUGU